ACGAGGAAGUUAAAACAAGCGUAGUCCGGUCUCGCUGUAUAACAAAGAGAAAAAAAAUCCUUUCUCCUGAGAAAAUAAUCCCACACUACUCUCUCGUUAUGAGUCAUGUGGUCGUCGAUAAUCAACACGGUCUAGAUCAGCAGCUCGCUGCCCUAGACUUGAACUCUGUUGAGGGACAAGGCGGAGGAACCGGCAGACGUUACAUUCCACCUCACUUAAGAAACAAGGACGCUUCCAAAAAUGCAGGAAAUGCUUAUUCCGCUGGUAGACAGUGCGGUUAUUCAGUGGCACCAGUAAAUCUCUAUGCACCUGGAUGGGAUGGUGGCCGCAGCAACGGAUUUGUGAACGGGUACCACGACAACCGCACAAACGGGGGCUUUGGAGGGCGCGGACCCCCACGUCAUGAUAGAGGGUUUGGUGGUGACGGAAACUGGGGCGGACAGCAGAGAGACGCUGCUUACAACAGCUUUGGAGGACGCAACAACGACCGGUCAAAGUCUGCCUUCUUUAAUGAUCGCGGAGCAGGCUCAAGAGGAAGGUACGAGCGUGGGGGCUAUUCUGGCGGAGGAAACAACCGCUGGGCGGAGGAAUCCAGAGAUGAGGAUUGGUCCAAGCCGACCGCUCCCAAUGAGCGUGUAGAACAGGAGCUUUUCUCUGGGGGCAACACUGGGAUUAAUUUUGAGAAGUAUGAUGAUAUUCCCGUGGAGGCCACUGGAAGCAACUGCCCACCCCACAUUGAUAGCUUCAGUGAUGUGGACAUGGGUGAGAUCGUCAUGGGCAACAUUGCCCUGAGUCGCUACACGCGUCCCACUCCGGUCCAGAAGCACGCCAUUCCCAUUAUCAAGUCCAAGAGAGACCUGAUGGCCUGUGCCCAGACUGGAUCUGGAAAAACUGCUGCCUUCUUGUUGCCUGUGCUAAGUCAGAUCUACUCCGAUGGGCCUGGAGAUGCUCUACAGGCUGCCAAGAACAAUGGACAGGAUAAUGGAAGAUACGGCCGCCGUAAGCAGUACCCACUCUCCCUCGUCCUGGCUCCCACCAGAGAGCUGGCCCUGCAGAUUUACGAAGAGGCCAGAAAGUUUGCCUACCGCUCACGCGUACGCCCCUGUGUGGUGUAUGGCGGCGCCGACAUCGGCCAGCAGAUCAGGGAAUUAGAGAAAGGCUGUCACCUGCUAGUCGCUACUCCUGGCCGCCUGGUGGACAUGAUGGAGAGGGGAAAGAUCGGUCUGGACUACUGCAACUACUUGGUGCUGGACGAGGCUGAUCGCAUGUUGGACAUGGGUUUCGAGCCACAGAUCAGACGCAUCGUGGAGCAAGACACAAUGCCCCCGAAAGGCAUUCGUCAGACAAUGAUGUUCAGUGCCACCUUCCCCAAGGAGAUCCAGGUCCUUGCUCGCGAUUUUUUGGAGGACUACAUUUUCUUGGCUGUUGGUCGUGUUGGUUCAACCUCAGAGAACAUCACACAGAAGGUGGUCUGGGUGGAGGAGGUUGACAAGAGAUCUUUCCUCCUGGACUUGCUCAAUGCCACUGUUAUUCCCAAUGAGGCUCAGGAAAAUGGGACAGAGCCCCCAGAAACACCAGGCAAAGACUCGUUGACUCUAGUCUUUGUGGAAACCAAGAAAGGCGCCGACGCUUUGGAGGACUUCCUAUAUCGUGAGGGCUAUAAGUGCACAAGCAUCCACGGUGACCGAUCCCAGAGAGACCGAGAGGAAGCUCUCCAUCAGUUCCGCUCUGGACGCUGCCCCAUCCUGGUGGCUACGGCUGUGGCUGCUAGAGGUCUGGACAUCUCCAACGUGAAGCAUGUCAUAAACUUUGAUUUGCCUAGCGACAUUGAAGAAUACGUUCACCGUAUUGGCCGUACGGGACGUGUGGGAAACCUCGGUCUGGCCACGUCGUUCUUUAACGACAAAAACAGCAACAUAACCAAAGACUUGCUGGACAUCUUGGUGGAGGCAAAGCAGGAGGUCCCCUCCUGGCUUGAGAGCCUCGCGUAUGAGCACCAGCACAAGAGUAGCAGCCGUGGCCGCUCCAAGAGGUUCUCUGGUGGUUUUGGAGCUCGGGACUACCGACAGACACCAGGCGGGGCUGGAGGCUUCGGCAGCAACCGAACAGGCCGAAACCCUGGCGGUCAUGGAGGGAACCGUGGCUUUGGUGGUGGUGGAGGUGGAUUUGGAGGCAACUUCUACAACAACGAUGGCUACGGAGGAAACUACAGCCACUCAGGAAGUGUGGACUGGUGGGGUAACUAGUCGCCAAAAGGAGUAGGUUGCCAUGCCAACCCAAUGGGAAACCACAUGUUAACUUAAAAGCCAGACCAUAACAACCCUCCCUGUGUAGCUUCACUGACACACAGUACAUUUAGCAACACUGGUUCUUUGCCAGAUGCUUCUCUCAAAAAAAACCAAAACACGAGUGCAGCGUGGCGCUAAGGGAAAGUCACCAGCACGCGCAUGUGUGCACGGCACCAGAGAGAGCAGAGACAUCCUCCACUGCACCUCAGAGUGAGCAUGGAUGCCGACAUGCACUGUCCGAUAGCAACCUCGGACUGUUAUUGUUAGAAGUCUUUUUGUGGAUACGAAAAUCCCUAAAAUGCAAAACUCCUGAAGAUCACUUGUAUGUUAAUGUACUCUGCCUUUUUCAAUUGAACUAAAGUCUCAAUUUUCAUUUCAUUAGAUGGACAAAAUAAUGGCCAAGAGCUCCGAUUUAGUUUUACUGUUAGGUUUGGUGGCAAAUAUUAAAGGUUAGGCAGAAGAAAAAAAGCUUGUAAUCGAUCAAACCUUGGCAAACACUGGGAUGUUAUGGCUCGUGAGAGUCAUGAUUCCAUUUGAACCUCAAAAUUUCUAGCAAACAGCUGACGGGCCCACUGUGCCGCUCUGAACGAUCUGUAUUUUAAUCCAAGUUACGUUUUGUUUUCUUUCUGCUCACUCUAUCCUGGACUGCCUCCAUCUUCUUUUUUUCUUUUUUUUUCUUAAAUGAAGGCAGUGGUUGUUUCUGCAACAACCAUUCUUCAUAAAGGACGGCUCAGUGCCAGCAAUCACUGAGGUUAAAACCAGAAUAAUCUGUGCUGGAACUUGUUACUCCACCACUUUUUGUUUUUCCCUUAUUCAAUUGACUUGACAGUGUUACGGCAGCUAGCAUGUUACCAAGCGCUAGCUCCAGAAAAGUGGGCGUAUUCUUUUUCCUUUUCUCCAUUUGUACUUGACAUUUACGGUGCAGGUAUGCACAACAAUUAGAAAAUAACAAACAGUUUCUCUUUUAGUUAAGGUUUUUUAUUUUUUUUGAGUAUGCAUUUCAAAAAACAAAAUGCCUGCCAAUCUUGAUGGUUCAAAGGUGGGCUGCAUAAGGACCACGGCAUCGGGAGGGCAUUGCGUGGCGUCGAGCCGAACCCACCGCGGCGGUCCGCAACGGUAUUCCACGCGUGCAAGUGUUAUGUUUUUUGGUCAAGGUGAAAGGACAGGGUGAACUUGAGUCGCAGGCUUAACUUAAUCAACAGUUUUCUCUUUUUUUUCAAGCUGCGUUUAUAGGCGUGGAGGGACGAACAAGGAUUACUUGAGGUUUAUCAUUCAAUGAUAGGUGGGAGGGGGUGGGGCUCAGUGGAACAUGGGUAGUAGGCGCCUGGGCACAGUUGUCAGUGGCGCAAACUACUGAAUUGGGCGAGGGGUUGUGUCAUUUCUCUCCGUCAGGUCAACAUGUGGCCUGGUCAAGCCAGAUAAAUGCUUGAUUUCUCAUCAGGGGUGUUGUGCCUUGAAACCUUUUUUUUUUUUUUUAAGAAAAGAGAUGCACUGAUCAUGUUGAGAACCUGAGGUAGUAGAAUGGUGCUACUUGAUUCUAGGGCGCUAAGAACCUUGUGUGUUGUGCCCAUUGAGUUUUACUAAAGUUCUUUUAUUGCACAUCCAGAGUUUUAUAUAGCAUGUCUGGCAUAUGUGUCCUUAAGCUUCCAAAUAUUGUGUGUGUGUGUGUUUGAGGAGAUUGGAGGGGUUGAGAGAGUUGAAAAAAAUAAAAAACAACAAAAAAACGCAGCUUGUUUACAAAAGGGGAAGGUUUCUCAACGUUAAAACCAGGAUUUUUUUGGGACCAGAGGGAUUUAGCAGUCGGGAGGGGGGAAUUUAGCCAUUUGCACAGAUUUCUAGAUUCUACUUUUUGCUGCUAGUUUUUGUGUAAUUUAUUAAGCAUUUUUGACAAAUAUUUAUUUUUGUAAGCCUCAAAGUGAUUCUUUGAAAGUCAGAAAACUUGACCAAAAGACAGUAAAACAAAAAAAAAAAACACUGGCACUUGAAUGUUGAAUGUCACCCUGUAUGCGUGAAAUUUGUAUAUUUCGGGGUAGUGUGAGCUUUUUAAUGUUAACGAUACAUCGGACAUAAUAACUACUUGAAGAUGAUAAUAUCCACAGCUGUUUUCAGGGCCUCUGCGGGGCUGGUCAUCUGAUUUCAAUCUUCUAAUUGGUCUGCAGAAAUUUGCAAAUGGAAUUGAACAAAAAAAACCUGCCAAGGUUUGAAAUCUAGCUGUCAAAAGAGCAAACACAUUUCCUAAGCGUCGCGCAGAAGUGUUCCGAUUUUUUUUUUUUUUUUCUCUCCUAUUGUGUGCAUAAUUGUUACUACUCUGAUUUUGGUCUGAUUCCUUUUCUCCAGUGAAUCUGUCUGGCACAUGGCAAUCCUAAAAGAAACAAACAUGUGGUUUAUUGUCAUUGUUGAUCUUGCAUAUUCUUACAACUCUGGACUUCUCACAGUGGCUUUUAGGCGAAGCGCGCCGAGCCAUUGUAGAACACCGGAGCUCUUUAGAUGUAGACUUUUUUUUUUUUUGCUUUCUUGUGUUAGCUUCCUGGCUAAUGCGCAGCGUUGGGGAUUUACUCAUCUGCUCAGUUGUAUGAUUUUACCAGAAUUAAAAAUGUUUGAAUGCAAAAAAAAAAUGUUAUCUGGACACAAAAGUUCAGCAUGUUUCCUGAAUACUUGUUUACUGUAGUGAGAGUAAGAGAGAUGCCUGUAGCAAAGCCACUCUAAAAAGAAGGUGGUAAUUAGUCUAAUUAGCGUCGAUUGAUUGGAUGGGCUUCAUUUCCUUUGAAGAAAUUACAUAAAGAUUUAAUUUCUAA